ACUUUGUUAAUAAACGGUAAGAAAAAUGCUUGUUAGAUCCAGUAGAAUUGUAGGUGGUAGACCUUUGAGAGUGAGUGCGGUUCAGUCUGCAUUUAGAAGAUUUAAUUCUUCAAAAUCUUCAUCAACUCCUCCUCCACCACCACCUAAGGGUGCAAGAGGUAAGUUAUUAUUGACUAUUGGUGCAUUGGCUAUUGGUACUACCAUUGUAUCAUCUAUAUAUACCAAGGGUGAACCAAAGUCAGCAAUUGAACCUGAACCAGUUAAGGCUACUCCAGCAUUUCCAGAAGGAAAAGUUAAUGUCAUUUUUGUAUUGGGUGGUCCCGGAUCAGGUAAGGGUACCCAAAGUGCAUUAUUAGUUAAAGAUCAUGGAUUCGUUCAUUUAUCUGCUGGAGAUUUAUUAAGAGCUGAACAAGCAAGAGAAGGUUCUAAAUAUGGUGAAUUAAUUGCUCAAUAUAUUAGAGAUGGAUUGAUUGUACCUCAAGAAGUUACUGUUGCAUUAUUAGAACAAGCUAUUAAGGAAGAAUAUUCCAAAGGUGCAACAAAUUUCUUAAUAGAUGGAUUUCCAAGAAAGAUGGAUCAAGCUCAUACAUUCGAAGAUACUAUUGCCAAAUCUAAAUUCACUUUAUUUUUUGAAUGUCCAGAAGCUGUUAUGUUAGAUAGAUUAUUAGAAAGAGGUAAGACUAGUGGAAGAGCUGAUGAUAAUGUUGAAAGUAUUAAGAAGAGAUUUAGAACCUUUAUUGACACUUCUAUGCCUGUUGUUGACUAUUUCGACAAACAAGGUAGAGUUGUCAAGGUUAACUGUAAUCAACCAGUUGAUGAAGUAUAUGACCAAGUAAAGGAAGCAUUAAAGUCAAAGGGUAUAUGAUAAUGCUAUUUUAAGUUAGUAGCAGAGAAUCACACUAUAUACUUAUCAAGGAUUCACGAAUACAUAAUAAUAGAUUAAAUCUACAUAAUAAUUGUAAUUAAUUUUGUACCUUAUACUGCUACACACCUCUACUUGCUAGCUUAGAUCAUUACUCUUACUAUUGGAUACCGUAAUUCGGUAACAUUCAUAUGUAAUUGCAAUUAUAGGUGAAUGUCGUGCAAAAAAAUGUCGAUAAAUAUUUGCGACAUUGUGAAUAGAAUCAAUAUAAAAAACAAUUUGUAAUCCAC